AUGAGUCAACAACAAUGGGAUGCGCCGACGAGGGGUGGAUCGGUGAAGAGGGCAAGAGAAAGAGCGGCAGCAGGUAGGCCUACCGAAUCGAUACCUGCACCAAGACCUUAUGAUCCUUCAUCGCCGAGCAAUAUUCCAAGUCCACCAAGAGCAAAAUUUCAAAAUCCACCGGGAACGUUCAAGAAUGGUGGUCAAAGUGCAGUCGGUCUGGCGAUUUCUCGACCUACUCAAGUACCACAAUGGCCAUUAAUGGGAACAAAUCCUGGUCCAGAUUCUCAGCAGUAUCAACCCCCUCCUAAUCGCGGCCCGCCUCCUCAAAGACCACCAAGACCUAGUCAUGUACCUUCAAUCCUUGAUUCGUCCAGAAUACAAGACAUUACCCCAACCUUUCAAUACCAACCACAACCACCUCCACAACCCAAAAGUUUAUACCCGCCACCUCAAACACGUGGCUCGCCACGAAAUCGAGAUGAUGAAUUUGAUCAAAAUUACCAAUCAUUACAAUCGCCUCUGUCAUCAUCACGUCCUUCGACUGUUUCAUCAGUUGGUACAAUACCCGACUUUCCCGUUCCUGUACCAGCUAUCCCACCAUCGGCAAGGAGAAGUGCUAAUCUAGGACCGCCACCAACUUCCCGAAGAGGCGCCUCGUCAUAUUAUUCCCAAGCUUCUUUCGUCUCCCCAAUCCCAGAGGUAUCCGAAGGCAUGGGCCUCAGUCCACGAACACUCCCUGGUUCACAUAGUUCAUAUGCAUCAAGUGCAGCUAUACCCUCGAGUUGGGGACCAGAAUCGCCUGGUUAUUAUCGAUCCGAUGAGGAUGAUGAUUAUGAAGACGAUAGAAGGUUCGAUGCAGUAUCAGAAGGUCGGGAAUCCCGAGGAUCAGAUGACAACGACGAUCGAGGAUUGAUUAGAAGUGCUAGUAUUGGCAAGCGAGCGAGACCGUCUAUGAUCGUGACCCGGUCCUCAGGUCAGAUCGACCCAGCACGACUUGCUGCAAUGCCUAUGCCGCCAUCUGACAAAAGACUGGGCCCAACACCAUUACAAAAAUCAACUCUCAGUCCCGCAGAAGCUCAAAGAUCAACACAAUGGCCAAUUCUAGGAAAUCCAAAUUCACCUUUGGCUGGUGGCACUGGCCUUAUUGACCCUACCCCAUCAAGCUCUGACGAAUCGGUUCCAACCGUCGCUAUGGCCGUAACGACUGACCUGCCUUCACGAGAUGGAACAAAGAGCCCGGGUGCAAGCGCUAUGCUCGGGGCAUAUCAAGCAGCAAGUGCAUUACCUAGUGACUCGAUUAGGACUAAGUCGCCCUUUGCAAACGAGGGAGGACCUUUUAGCAGGCUAUCAGCAAUCCGUCGACCACCGCGUCUCAAUAUUGAUGCGGUAAGGGAGGCAGAGGCAAGAGGUAGUUUGACAAGUUUACCAGAUCUAAUUAGGAGAGCAACAAGAUUAGCGUCAAUGAUGGAUCGCGGCAAAAGACCAGGAAGCCGAAUGGGUCUUGAUGAUUUUCCAAGUGACAGAGACUUUCCCAGCGAGAAAGAAAUUGAACUUUCUCCUAACUAUGAUAGACGAGGUUCCACCCUCUCCGGAAUGUUAUCAGCUUUUCCACCUCCCGGUCGUGAGACGCCUGCCCGCGAUGCUCCACGACCUUUAUCGAUGUGGCCAGAAUACGAUCCAAACGAUCCGAAAUCUGCCGCACCUGGAAAGAAACAAAGAAAGUGUUGUGGUCUACCUUGCUGGGGGUUCAUUGUCGUUUUAAUAAUUCUACUCAUAAUAAUUGCGGCCGCCGUCGUCGUACCUCUUAAAUUUCUCGUAAUUGACAAACCCUCCACAAGUACCACUGCAACCGCAACUACUGUACAAAGCUGCACUGCAAACACUUCGACUUCCUGUAAGAAUGGUGGAACCUCUUUCGUCGACAAUGGUAUUUGUACUUGUUUAUGUAUAAAUGGAUUUACAGGUAGCACAUGCGCAGUCUCGGGAUCUUCGGGCUGCACAACAACGUCAUCAAGCACUACCGCAAACACUACCAUUGGCGACUCUAUACCCCGACUCAUUUCGGCCGCUCAAACGAACUUUUCGAUCCCCUUGUUCGAGAACACAAUUCUAGCAAGAUUCAACAAAGGAAAUUUGAGUUGUGCGUCGGAAAAUUCCCUAGUCACUUUUGAUGGAAGUGAUGAAAGAAUGGGAGAUGCAAGUGCUAAAGUGACCUCUACCACGGGCAAGAAGGUGAAAAAGGACGUGCAGCCGGACCCCAUAGAUGUUGAGAUUCGAGCAAUUGCAAGUCCAGACUCAACUUUCAUCUCAACAAAUAUCAUCUCAGUAGACUCUUCCACUACUCAGGCAACACCUACUUCCUCUCAGUCUCAGGCCACUCAAACUGUCUCAGCAGCAUCGACAUCUGUUGCCUCACCUUCAACAACUUCCUCUCCAACCACAACAGAAACUGCAUCUGUAACUUUGACAACCUCCACUAUUGACCCAACAGCCGUCUUCACUGUUACCGAGGAGGUGCUGGAUUUUGCAAGAGUCACAGUCCUUUUUGUUUUGCAGCAAGAAAACUUGGAUAAUGCAGUAUCCGCGCAAGGAGAAUUGCAAAAGUUUUUUAAUCAACAAAGCUCCGAGAACUUAUCUGCAAUGAAUGUUUCGAUGGGAGGCGGUAAUACUGUUAAUUUGGUGGAAUUCAAAGUAGAUUUGGGUAAUGGAACAGUGGGCCAAAAGAACACGGUCUCAAAAUAA